AUGGACGUUUGGAUGGAUAGCGGUGUUGCUUGGCAUUGUGCUAGAAAAAUGUACGAGGAUGCGGAUGCCCUGGAACCUGCUGAUGGAGUACUCGAAGGCGUUGAUCAGUUUCGAGGUUGGUUCCAAUCGCUGCUUCUUACCUCGGUAGCUGCCCAGGACGCAAUUCCAUAUAAACGAAUACAUGUGCAUGGAUUCUGCGUAGAUGACAAUAAUAAAAAGAUGUCGAAGUCUCUUGGCAAUGUUGUUGAUCCAGAAACUAUUACUGAUGGAUCUCUGCGUCAAAAGGCUCUGGGAGCUGAUGGUCUCAGGCUAUGGGUC